GUGCGACGGCAGAGACGGGCGACUAACCCCCGCGAGAGGGUCCAAGAACGGCGGCUCAAUCCCACCUCGAAUCUGGAAGCUAUCGCGGGGAGUGGACAGCGCGGCCUCCAUCGCCGUUCCCGGGCAUCUCUCCAGAGCCCGUCCCGUCUUCUGCCGCCAUGAAGCGCCAGUCGCCGGCUGGGCAGAGUUGCAUCAGCCGCCGCCUCCUGCCGUUGCUGCUCCUGCUCUUCCUCCACCUGGCCGGCGCCGAACUCGGGUCGUGUUGCCCGCCUGACCCGUCCGGGCGCGAGGCGCUGCUCUCGUUGCCCAGGAAACCUUCGGACUCAAACCACCGUUCUACCUGGCUUCCGAAGAGGCUGCUGAAAAAGAACAGGCUGUUAUGGCUGGCUCAGAAGCAGCCUGGGAUGUCAGACAGCCUGCUCCCCCUCCAAGACCUCCCCAGGCCCAGACUGGACCCCCUGCAGCUUGGCUAUGGUCCUCUGUCUUGGCCUGCACUGAUGCCAGCCCUUCAUCGAAAGCGCCGUGCUGCCCAAUUAAUGCGUGUGGGUUGUGCUUUGGGCACAUGCCAAGUGCAAAAUCUCAGCCACCGCCUUUGGCAGCUGAAGGGCCAGUUGGGACGCCAGGAUUCCUCUCCCAUCAGUCUCCAUAGUCCCCACAGCUAUGGCUGAAAGCAGAGAGUGAUGCCAGGACCAGAAAGGCACCUGUUCCUUGCCCUGAACAUUUCCAGCAGCCCUCCUCCUCGACACCUGCCACGCCCCCCACUGGUCUUCCUGCUGGACCUACAUAUAGGGCAUUCUCCUGGUGGGAGGGUUGGGACAUGGGCCUUGAAAUAAAGUCAAGGUGGGGAGGGGGCUGCUGCUGGAGAGUCUUGAGCAGCAGAAGUCCCAGUUGUCAUCUCUCAGGAGGUGCACUGAGGGCGGCUGUACAAUUGCCUUGCUUCAUCCUUCAUACUGGCAAGAGGGAGAUGAAGGUUUAUCAAUAGAUGGGAUCAAUAAAUUUAAUAAAUAAAUAAUACCAUAUUAACACUGGUAGCGUCAUAGGAGAACCAGCUUUGGCUUUCAGUGAAUCUCUUCGCUGCACGCAUUCUCAAAACUAAUAAAAUGAUCUAAGCAUGGAUUUUAUCUCUGCGUGCACCACCUCAAAGCUUGGGGCUGUAAGAGAGGAUGAACCAUGUCAAAAAGGAGGCAUCCCUCCCCCUCGGAAUGGCUCAUACGGGGGUGCUGCUACUAUUGCCUAGGUAACGUGUGAGUGUGCAGCUGUGCAAGUGUGCUCUGUGAGAAAGUGAGACUGGCUGGCUUGCAAGGGAGGGUGUGCACCUCCUCAGCCCCUUCUCUCUGGCUUUGGUGCCUCACUUGAAUUCAUCAGGCUCCCCCCCUCCCCCCUCCCCUAGUAUGGAUGAGGGUUAAUGCAAGAUGUGUUUCAAACCCAGAGCUGGUCCUUGGGUCACCCAGUAUGCAGCUUUUUCUCCCAACUGUCAUGUGAAGGUAGAAUUGUGUGGAACUGCCCCAUCUGCUUCAGAUAGUAAUCUGAUUAGUGACAGGAAUCCAGUGCAGAUGAUUGUCUCUUCUAGGCACCAAAAAGCAACUGCGGGCAGUUUUCCAUAACAAAUCCUGCCUCGGGAAAAGUGGAAUGUUGAAUCUUAAUAAAAGAUGUGAAGAUAA